UACACCGUCACGGCACGUAUGAAUACAUUUUAUUUUUCCGCCGUGCGUUUUUCUCAGUUCUUUAUCGAACGACUUAACAGUGUUUUUACGCAACUAUUAGAUUAACAACCGUUUGUAAUAAUUACAAGAUGCAAAAAAUCACAAAUGUUUUUAUAAUUGCCAUUAUCCUGGGAAUAUCGUUGGUCGCACAAAGCCAGCCACCUCCAAAUGAUGGCGAGAGUUCAAAACUUUCAAUCGCAAAAGGUAUUGCAGUAACCGCAUAUAAAGAACUACUGGAUGCCAUGGAGAAAGUAUACAAUUUUCUUUCAGACAAAAUCCAUGGUUCUGAUUAUUCAGCAUGGGAAAAUUUGUUAGAUUCAAUAAAGAAAAUGCGCGUUUGUAUUGAAGAUAAACUCGUUUAUACAGUCGCACAAAGCCAGCCACCUCCAAAUGAUGGCGAGAGUUCAAAACUUUCAAUCGCAAAAGAUAUUGCAGUAACAGCAUAUAAAGAUCUACUGGAUGCAUUGAAGGAUGCAUACAAUUUUCUUUCAGACAAAAUCCAUGGUCCUGUUUAUUCAGACUUCGUAGACGGAGUCCUUCAAGGUGGAAAAGAAGAUGUUCCACCUACACCAUGGGAAGAUUUGUUAGAUUCAAUAAAGAAAAUGCGCGAUUAUAUUGAAGACAAACUCACAGUGGAAGCAGAAGAUACUCACGGAGAUUAAAUAAGGCAUUCAAAUAUGGGUUGCUUACCUGAUCCGACCUGAACACAAAUAUAAUUCCAUUAUUUAAAACAACUUUUAUUGACUUUUUAAUAAAACUAUGUAUAUUUUGUGUGUUAUGUCUAAUUUGUAACGAGCAAUAAAUGUGCAAAA